AUGCAGGAAAAGGCUGUGGAUGAUCGCCAGUGGGUGCGUGGUGGGUUUGACGCUAAAUACGCCAUGGAUUUUGCGGAUUCCUCAUCCAUGGGGUUCAUCGAGGGUCGGACGGGGGCCAUCGUGGCAUCGUCACUGGGCCCAAUACAGCAGCAAAACCGCACAACCACCUACCUUACCUUACACUCAGCACACCCACCCAAUGUGCCAAUCUUGAAUGAGGUGGUCCCGUCCCAGGCUAAAAACCCCACUGCCGCAAACUCCGACGAGGCGACAUAUCCUCGCCAUGAAUCACCUCAACGCUCGCCAAUGGAUCCGGGGGGCUCUUGCGAGAAACCUCCAGUGUUUCCCCAUAUUCCCAUCGCCCACGUUGUCGCCCGCAAAUCUGGCUGUCCAGAGCUGCCCAAUCUCCGCCUCGACUCCGGUCUCCGGCCCGCAUUCUUCGUGAUACGCCGGAACAGGAUGUUGCCUUCCCGCUUCGCUUACCCGUACUUGACGUUGUGCACUACAUCCUGA